CGCUGUUUUGCGGUAAGCGGGUUCUUUCAGCUGUUUUCCGGUGACAGCAGGGGAAUGACAACAGCGAGUCACGGCCCUCCUUCCAUUCAAGCCGACUGCUACACAUCGACUAAACAGGAAGUUGUCUGCUGCUGGACUUCUGAGUCUGUGUUUGGGGGAUUUAUUCUGUAUGUGCCGCUGGGAGCAGCAGCAGCAUGGCAGAUGACAAGGAUGUGUUGAGAGACGUUUGGUUCGGCCGGAUCCCGACCUGCUUCACCCUGAACCCGGAUGAGGUCACUGAGAGAGAGGCCGAGCCCUACUAUCUGCUGUUACCCAGGGUGAGCUACCUGACUCUGGUCACAGACAAAGUGAAGAAACACUUCCAUAAAGUCAUGAGGGCCGAGGACGUGGAGGAGAUGUGGUUCGAGUACGAAGGGACGCCACUGAAAUGGCACUAUCCAAUUGGAGUUCUGUUUGACUUCCACGCGUCCAACACUGUCUUACCCUGGAGCAUCACUGUGCACUUUAAGAACUUUCCAGAGCGCGACCUGCUCCACUGCCCGUCCAACUCUGUGAUCGAAGCCCACUUCAUGUCCAGCAUCAAGGAGGCCGACGCCCUCAAGCACAAGAGCCAAGUCGUCAAUGACAUGCAGAAGAAAGAUCAUAAACAGCUGUGGAUGGGCCUGCAGAACGAUAAGUUUGACCAGUUCUGGGCCAUGAACAGGAAGCUGAUGGAAUAUCCCAGUGAGGAGGGAGGCUUCAGAUACAUCCCCUUCAGGAUAUACCAGACACUGAGCGAUAGGCCGUUCAUCCAGAAACUGUUUCGCCCUGUUUCAUCUGAAGGCAACAUGCACACACUUGGCGACCUGCUGAAAGAGAUGUACCCAGCUGCUUUACCAAACGACGGUGAGCAGAAGCGUUACCAGGUGGUGAUCCACGGGAUCGAGCCGCUGCUGGAGACACCUCUGCAGUGGCUCAGCGAACACCUCAGCCACCCCGACAACUUCCUGCACAUCUGCGUUAUCCCCGUCCCCACUGACUGAGGCCACGCCUGCCGUACCUCGCUGUCACCGUGACGACCGACCGACCAGCCGCCCCGCCAGCUGGCUGGAUAACUCCGGAAACGGUAGCGCUAAACAGUGGAAACUCUGAACUAACAGACUCUUUAAGGAGAUCUUACUGAUGAAGAUGAACAAAGGAUGUGAAGGAGGUACAAACUGACCUCCUCUUCCAUCUCGUCUAUUUAUAUUUCUACUCCUCUUUAAACUCCUCCUCCUCCUCCUGCUUCCCCUCAGAAAACUUGUGUAUCGGACGCGAGGAUGAAACAACAGAAAAAAGACACUUGUUCAGGUGAAGAGGUCUUUGAAUGAGCAGAGGAUCGCUCCUUUUCUACUCUCCCAUCUCUCCUCUCCUCUUCUCCACGGGAGGAGAGGAGGUGAACGGAUCCCUCAGUUUUCCAUCCUGCCAUGCAUCUCCCGUCUUGUCUCGUCCAAGAUAGAGACAGUCCUGUCAACAGGGAGACACAAUUGUUUGGGAUUUUGGGAGACGUGUAUUCAGUCCUGCUGAAGUUGCCUUAGUUACCACGUUCAUUCAUUUCCAUCGCCGUCUGAGUCAUCCCUGCAAAAACGUCUGGACGCACAGUCACUUUGAGUUUACAUCACAAAGUGUUGUCAUGUCCGAAAACCUUCCAGGAACGUCUGCUGGUUUGUUUCUGACUUUUUACAGAGGAUUUUCUUUUCAUCAAGUUUCUUGUUUUAGUCUCUCCACUGAUCUCAGAACACUCUGGGUCUACUUUGAUCAUCUGAUGAGAUCUAAUGUUUAAGUUAACAAGCAAACAUCUGGUACUGAUCCUGAAUCAGCAUUAAACUGCAGCUUUAAAUGGAAAACAGUGAAACUCCACUUUUGUUUAUUUUCAUUUUUUAUCUUAAAUUCCAUUUUCAUACAACUUACUUUCAUCGUUGAAAUAAUCCUGAAUUACCUGCUAAUGUUUACGUGCUCCUCUCCAGGUUACGCAUUAACUAAAAAUUGCAUUACAUUCUUUGUUAUUGUUGUUUUCUUUGCAGACAGAUGGAGAUACAGGAUUUUCACAGGGUAUCUUUAAAGAGUGAACAAGCUAUUUUUAUGAGGCUGAAGCGUUUUGUGCGGGUCAUUGGGGAAAAAAAACAAACUCCACACAUGUUUUCAAUAGCAGGUGUUGAUUUCUCUCCAUCAAUACAACAGUUUAGCUGUUUUACUGUCUGUUUUUGUCAGGUUUGGCUCGAGCUGCUUCGUCUGCAGCCAAACUUAAAUGAGCAUCUGGUUUUGUUUCAUUUUAAGAACUCGGCUCAGAUAAUGAGACAGCAGGCACGAUUAGCGUAAAGUCUGCAGGCUGUUGGGGGCCGCGGUCGCCUGAUACGUCUUACAUAUGCUUACAUUAGCACAUUUUAGUUUGUGGACAGGCAAAUCUGGCACAAGCAAACAUGACUUUUGCCAGAGCACUAACUUUAGUCACCAGAUCAGAUCAUUUUGUUGAAUGUUGAGAUCGUAAUUAAUCUUUUUUUUUUUUUAGCAACAUUUGCAUCAUAUCAGCAUCUUGUCUUUUUUUACAUGUUCAUACUGAAAUAAAAUGACACAUUCAACUGUUAUCCAGAAUGACUUCAAAUAAAAGUGAGU